AUGUCAGGCCGGUCCUCCUUCCAAGGCGCACACGCUCCAUCAACCGCAUCUGACGAGGAUGAAUCGACUUACAUACAAAAAACGAACACCCUGCAGUGGGUUCGUAUUGGUUUAUGCGGACUGAUUGUGAUCUUGGCCCUCACCGUGAUUGGAACUGAAGGCCAUGCUUUACAGUAUUAUAACAGAACAGUUCAAUAUGAGAAGGUUUAUCUGUCGUUAUGGCCCCAGUAUUUAGAUCUACGGCCUACAAUUGCCCUCAUUGUAUGUGGAAUCAUCCUUGCGCUGCAGGGAAUGGCGUUCCUGACUGCUGCUUUGUCACCAUCGCCGCGAUCUCGAAUAUUCUUCCUCAAUUCGUUAACGACCGCAGUCUCAGCUGUGGGCUUCUUCGCUUCCCUCAUUGCUGUCACACUCAGCCUCGUGUACACCAACCCUCACAGCGAUAACGGCACAUAUGAAGGCGAAACAAUUCAUUCGUGGACAUGCACCUGGGGCAUCAAGGGCGGCCGGGACGCACGCGGCGAGAAAAUAGAUCCUGUCAAGAAUUUCCCCCGACUGUGCUCGGAAACUCGUGCGUCAUUCGCCCUCAUGUGCACCUUGCUUCUCCUUCAAUUUGCCCUUUGUAUCUCGGCCGGAGUAGGCUGGAAGCUGGAGAUCGGUAUGAAAAGAAAGAGAAACGAGAGUGCUCUCCAAUCGGAUAAGCAGAGUGUGUAG